GCCAAAUAUUUUAUUUUGUAAACGAAAAUUCGUAAAGAAAAUAAAAAAACCGAAGAGAAAAUGGCGAGCGGUGGCGCCGGCGGCGGAAAGGUCUCUUUCAAGGUCACUCUCACUUCCGAUCCCAAACUUCCGUUUAAAGUGUUUAGCGUUCCGGAGGCAGCACCAUUUACUGCAGUUCUGAAAUUUGCCGCCGAGGAAUUCAAAGUUCCUCCUCAAACUAGUGCUAUCAUCACAAACGAUGGUGUGGGGAUUAACCCUCAACAAAGUGCAGGUAAUGUAUUUCUCAAACAUGGCUCAGAAUUGCGCUUGAUUCCUCGCGAUAGGGUUGGUGCUUAUUGGAUGACAUCUUAGGCUCAAAGAGCAGAUGGUUUACCUUUUCUCAAGGUCAAAUUUACAUCUAUCUAGAUCAUUAUCCAUAUUCCAUUUUUACAUAACUUUUGAAUGAUACUUUCUCAACUAGUUCUAGGGUGGUGGAUAUCCAGAUUGUUGUACUCCUAGACUGAAAUGAAUGAUGGAAAGCUCUACUUCAUCGUCAUGGGUUGUGGUUUAGAUGGUGUUCUGAAUUAUAUAUAUUCCACGAAACUCUAGAAUUAGUUGCUAGUUAAGACUU